UUGUGGUAAAAUAGACAGCGGUAGACUGAUCUGUGUUGAAAUAAAUGGUUGAAUUAAAUAGGAAUCAACAAAUGAAAUAGUAAGGGAAUACUAUAGUUAAUUGAAAAAGUAAUAGAGGAAAUAUAGAAUUUGAUAGAAAAAAAUAUUGGGAAAAAUAUAUAUAUGAAUGCACGCGUAGCAAUUGAAUAAAUGAUAAAAGUUGAUGAAUAAUUAGAGAAAAAAAAAAAAAAAGGGAUUAUUGAAAUAAAAUUUUGAAGUGAAUUAAUUGAUAGUCAAUUGUUGAAUAAAUGAAGAUUUUUGAGAAAUAUAGGUACCUAUGGAAUAAUUAAAUGAUGUUUUGUGAAUAAUAUAGAAGAAUACUGAAGUUGAAAUAUUGAAAUAUAAAGAGUAUAUAAAGAGUUUUUGUUUUUGAAGUAUAAAGAAAUUUUUUUUGAAUAACUGAAAUAAAGUUAAUUUUGUGUCUAAAAGACAAGUGUAUUGAAUUGAAGUAUUAAUGUUGAAAAAUUAUAGACAAAGAGAAUUAGAUUGAAAGAAAUCAAUUGGGAAAAAUAUUACAAGUGGAAGUAAUAGGAAGGCUAGCAUAGAAUAAGUGUAGUAAUAGAAUAUAAUAGUAAUAUUCGAUAGUUAAAUUGGUAAAAAAAUAAUAGAGUAAUUAGAUUUUAAUUGUAAGAAUUAAUAAGAAAUUAGGUAGUGGAUAUAAAAUAUUUAUUAAAUUGGAGUAGCUAACCAAUGUUAAUGGUAUUUUAAUAUCCAAAGCUUGUUAUAUAUCGUAGGGAGAGCGAUAGAAAUUACGCAACGACAGAGUUACGUAAAAAUACGAGUGUUUUGUGUGUGUGAGUGUGUGUAUACACUACACAAUACGACGCGGUGUACGUAAAUACAAGCGUACGGGUAUGAAAUAUAGAAUAAAUAAUGAGAAUAAAUGUCGAGUUAAAUAAAUUAAAUAUUCUUAAAUGAUAUUAGUGAUUAUUGAAUAUAUAUGAAUAAAGAAUCAGGAAAUUCAGAUAUUGAGAGUAGUUCUUCGGAUGAAUCGAUAGAACAAGUUAAAAAUAAAAAAUUAGGAAAAGAAGUAGUAAGGAAAAAUAGGAUAAUAAAAGAGGAAUUUUUAAUAGACACUACAGAAAUAAUAGAAGGAAUAGACAACGUUACUAGAAAAAAUUAUUUUAGGACUUUAAGUCAAACAGAAGAGUUAGGUAAAGUACUUACCCCUCAGAAAAGUGUAAAACAAAAAUUGUCGGGUAGAUCAGGUUCUAGAUCUGAUCCCGGUGUAAAACACGUUCAAUUACAGCAAAUAACUAGGAAAAAAGUAGCGAACGUAAAACAUAAGAUGGAUUUAGAUAAAGCAGUUUCUAUGAUUCCGAUUUGCACGGGUAAAAAGGACGUAGCAGAAUUUAUAAAUACAUGUGAGAUAGCACUCAACGAUAUUGCAGAGAUAGAUAAACAACUAUUGUUAAAAAUUAUAACUUCUAAGUUAGCGGGAAAUGCUUUAGAGGUAACCAAGUAUCGUACGUUAGAUUCUUGGGAAGCAAUAAAAUCAAUUUUACAAGGGGCAUUUGAGCAUAAAAUUUCGGAAAGGGCUUUAUCAAUAGGUUUAAAUACGGCACGUAUGGCAGAAGGUGAGAGUGUAGCGAAAUUCGCGAAUAGAAUCGAAGAAUUAUAUUACAAAUUAUGUGCAGCUAGUACCGUAGGGUUGAACAAAGCUGAGGAAACUGUAGUGAAAAGCCAAACGAAAAAACAGGCUAUGAUUAUAUUUAUGACGGGUUUACCAAAUCACUUAUAUAUAGUACUGAAAGCAAGAAGUCCUAAGUCUUUAGAGGAGUGUAUACAAAUGGCUCUUGACGAAGAAAUCGAAUAUAAUUCUAGGAUGAGUAUAGAAAAUUUACAGAAUAAUGCGGAAAGUCAAAGUUUUAGUAAAAACGAAAAUCAGGGUGUAAAUGGGAAUACAAAACAACAGAAUAAUAAUGGUAAAAUUAAUACAUUUUACCGCGGUAAUAAUGGUCAUAUGAAUCAAAAGGUAGAAAUAAUAAUUUUAAUAAUCGAAAUGGUUAUAAUGACGGAUAUAAUAAAUUCAAUAAAAAUGUUAAUCGCGGAGGAUACAGUAAUUUUAAUAAUAAUAAUCGUAACGGAUACAGUAAUUUUGAUAGUAAUAAUCGUAACGGAUACAGUAAUCGUACAGGAUACAGUAAUUCCAAUAAUCGCGGCGGAUAUAGUAACAAUUAUAGACAAAAUUAUAACGAAAAUAAUAAUCAGCGAAAUAAUUUUGGUAAUCAGAAUAGAAGUAACACUGGAUGUUACACGUGUGGGAAAACAAACCAUAUCGCAAGAGAGUGCUGGCAAACGAACGGUCGACCAGGCGGAAACGACCGAGCAAAUACACAUAACACCAGUCGUGAUAAUGGUGCGCGUAAUUCUGGAGGUGGUAAUAGUAGUAGAAACAAUACGGGUGUUCAGAAUUUGCAUUGUAGUUAUUGUAAUAAAAUAGGACAUGAAAUUUCGAAUUGUUUUACAAAACAGAAAAACGAGAAAAAUAAUUCAAAAAAUUCCAAAGGGCAAGUUCCAGUGGGCGUCAGGCUUGUCCAAGAGAUAAUGGAAUCGCCACAAAACGAUGUUUUCACAUCACAACUAAAUUAAUAGAAAAUCAUAUCACUUUAAAAUCACCUAGUUUUAAUAAAGAACAAAUUAAAUUAUUAGUAGACACGGGGGCUGAAUUAAAUAUCAUUAAAAUUAAUGCACUAAAAGGGGAUACAGAAAUUAACGAAAAAGACAAGAUUUAUUUAAAGGGUAUUAAUGAAAAAAUAGUCUCAACAAUAGGUAAAGCGAAAAUAUAUUUAAUUAUAAAUAAAAAAGCAUUCGAAACAGAAUUUUAUGUAGUUAACAAAACAUUUCCAAUAGAAGGUGAAGGAAUAUUAGGACACA